UGCCAAUGAAACUGAGGAAAAGCUGGGAAAAAAUCCGAAGAACAUGAAAAGAGAUACCAUCGAUGAAAUUUAUACGGAGAUGAGGCAGGACGGACUACUCUUCGAGGAGGAGGGCAACGUGCCGCUGAUGUUUGCUCCGGAAAAUACUGUCGUUCCCAAUCAGUACAUUGUAAAAAUGCAACCUAGUGGCGAUUACAACCAAAUUCUCAGCACCCUGGGUGGAAGAGGCUCCCCAAAAAGACUGGAUAUCAGUGAGGGCAUCACCUACGUUAUACUUAAGGAUAUAAAUGACAGUGACCUUCAAGAGCUUCGCAAGCUUACUGACCACAUUGCUGAAAUUGAAGAAGAUACAAAAGUGUCGUUAGAUACAUACCGUCGUGAAGGGCCUUACGAUGCCAGUUUAACAUGGGGGCUUUAUCGCUCACCUCUCCGUUGA